CGAUUGCAACAAAGUUUCGUCGUCCCGUUAAUUACAGCUUUUUGAAGAGGUCCUUACUCAAAGAAAAUUAUGCAGUAAACUAUAGAAAUGAUAUUUAAUGAAAACCUUUCUUCACGUACACUAUCGAGGUAAAACUACAUUACCGAUGAAUCAGCAACAAUCUACGAACGGCGGUCACUUUAAUAUUUAUCGUUCCAAAAGAUUUAUCGUGAGAAGAGAGAAGACGAGAUGGACCUUCGCCUUGCGCGCGUGGACGGUGCGCCAAUUUCGGAACACCCAGUAUAUAUCCCAGUAUUUAUCAUUUACGAAUGCAGAGCCUGACGAGAACAACGAUCGGUGCUGGCCAUGGAUAAGUUCACUGAUCCCGCGUCGUACGAGAAGAAGCAGCACAUGCUGUUGCUUUUGCUUUUGGUGCUCCAUGUCAUGCAGCUUUUUCGAGAUCGAAACUGAAAAGCGACGGAUUGAUAACGUAUGGCUCGAGGGUAAAAUACCAAGAGGAGGAGAUGGAGGAGGAGGAAGAGAAGGAGGACAAGAAAGAAGAGGAAGAGGAGGAGGAGGAGGAGGAGGAGAAGGAGGAGGAGGAGGAGAAGGAGAAGGAGGAGGAGAAGAGUAUUGGCCGAGAAGGGGUGUUGCUGUACGGAAGGGGGUUGAAGCAGCGCAGUUGGCCUAAAUACCAGCAUGGCUUGACGUUAAUUUAACAGCACGCGGGCGCACAGUUUGCAAGGUGGGCGUUUCAAUAUGUUGAGCCAGUAUAUCCU